UCGCCGAGCUCACUCACUCUCCGACUCUGUCUCUCCCCCUCUCCCUCUCUCACACUCGGAGGGCGACCGAGACCUCCUCCUCUUCCUCUUCCUCCUCUUCCUCCUCUCUCCUCCUCUGUCCGUCACUGCAUCUGCACUCCUCUACCUUUAUCUGUUCUUUUUUUUUUUUUUUCUUCUCUUGUCCCCCCCUCUCUCCCCCUGCGCCAGAGGGGUUAGCGGGGGUCUCGGAGUGUGUGAGGUGUGUUUGAGUGAGUGAGUGUGUGUGUGUGUGUGUGUGUGUGUGUGCGUAUGUGUGUGUGCAUGUGCUGAGGAUUUACUCAUGGAAGCGGUGGCUCUGUAUACGUUCCGCGCCACAGAGGGCGAUGAACUCAGUUUCAACAAGGGAGACUUGCUCAAGAUCACCAACAUGGAGGAUGAUCCUAACUGGUACACGGCUGAGCUCCACAACAGAAAAGGCUUCGUGCCCAAGAACUAUAUCAACCUCCGGCCACAUGCUUGGUUUGCGGGUCGUAUAUCUCGGGGCGUGGCGGAGGGUCGCCUCAGACAGAGGGAGUGUGGAGCCUUUCUGGUCCGGGAGAGUGAGAGCGCCCCCGGCGAGUUCUCCAUGUCCGUCAGCUAUGGGGACCAUGUUCAGCAUUUCAAGGUGCUGCAGGAUCGCUCUGGUCAGUACUUUGUGUGGGAGGAGCUCUUCUCCUCUCUAAACGAGCUGGUGGAAUUUUACCAUAGCAACAGCAUCGCUAAGGAGAGGACCGUCUUCCUGAGAGACCCCGAGCACUUUGCCAGGCGCCCUCACCACGCCCACGCUCUGUUCGACUUCACCCCCCACCACCCCUCCCAGCUGCGCUUCCUCCGAGGCGACGUCAUCGACCUCCUCGACUGCUCCGAUUCGCUGCGCUGGAGGGGCCGCUGCCACGGGCGGGUGGGCUACUUCCCCCCGGAGUACGUCCAGCCCAUUUACCACUGCCAAUGACCCGCCCCGCCCAUCCAAUAUAUGAGCCGCUCCCCAAUUAAGCCAGCGAGCUGUCUGUCAAAGACUUGACCCUGCACCCUCUUCCACCUCCUUGCUAUUUGCAAUUUAAGAGCAGACGAUGAAGCUCGUCGACCGAUGAGCGGCCCGCUGACCAGCUCCGUAUGUAACUGACUCCUCCCACUUCCCUGUGAUGCCCGCUGUCAAUCACAAGCCUCACCUAAUCCGCUGCGACAGGCUCAUCAAUCGCCUUCACUUGAUCCUGCACCUCCACCUCUCUUUAAAUCUGUGGUUACUGGCUUGGAAAUAGAAGACAAAAAAAAGAAAAAGACAAAAAAAAAAAAAAAAAACAGACCUGGACCUACACACUGUGGACAACACACACAUGCACACACACACACACAAACACACACAUAUCCAGAGACAGAAACUCACAGAUAAAUACAGACACACACACACACACAGAGAGAGAGACUGACAAACACACACUCUCACACUUGGGCAGAUUCAUUUAUUAAAGCUUAUCAGCACUGGUGCAGACUAAGUAAAGGCAACACACACACACACACACGCAUGCUAACCUAAUGAAUUAGAGGGUGGCCCAUGGGAAAUUCAGGAGGAAGGGUGGGGCUUUUUUUUUGUCCACCGCAGUUCAAUCAGGAUUUUGCUCACCAGAGGAGAUCUGGUGGAUCCGGGAACACAGCAAAAUUGUGUUGUGUUGUGUGAAUAUAUGGGCCAGACACUCUGAGGAUACUGACACAGCACAUUCCUCUGGCUCAGCUGGUGUGUGUGUGUGUGUAUGUGUGUGUGUGGGGCGGUAGGAGUGUGUGUGCAUGCAUAAUGUGUGCUUGAACACAUUAACAUUUAAAGGGGCACACCGGUCCUAUUUUGACUUCUUGUCAACAGUUGUGAUCUGUCAAAAAUAUCAAUUGCAUGAGUGUGGACAGCAUAUGCAUUUGGUAACUUACCCUCUUCACUCCCAUUCUUGUUCAAAAAAUGUGAAGAGCUUAAAUGUUGCCUCACACAGAUAAUUCCAUCUUGUCAAUAUUCGGCCGGCGUGUGUGUUUGCAAAAAUUACUGCUUUUCUCGGUAACCCAUAAUGUCCAUUCUGUCCAUGUGCAUAUUAUCAUAAAAUGUGUAUGAAUAAAACUACAUUGAAGUAAUUUGGGGCUCUGCGGAUAUAAAUAGGCUCCCAUUCUAGCUUGGCCACUUGUAUUGCAUCAGAGGGAGUUAAAGGUACAGUUCACCCAAAUACAAAAAAAAAAAAAAAAAAAGAUAUCCUUCCCCAGUGAGUAGAAAUUCAGGGUUUCCUGCUGUUCCUCCACAGAAAAUAUUUCCCAGCGAAACCCUGUCUGAAGGCUACCCCCAAGAUUAGUACCUGUGUCAUUGUUUUUGGAAAGAGCUGUGGAUGUUUAAUUUUUCACAAGUAAAUUAUUGACAGUUUGAGCUCCACAAAAGAAUACCCAUCCAGCUCCAUUGCACUGCGGUAUAUGAUGACAAGGCAGAUCACACCAAAUGCAAAACGUCACACAGAAACUAUAUGGAUGGAUCAUUUGGGAAUAUAUCUUCUUACUAUUUUUGUUUUGGGUGAAUUUUUGCUUUAACAACAAGUGGCUGUAAAACCUCUUCCAGCUUUGAGCAUGGAACACAACUGGUAUGAAUUCUAAAAUUAUUUAAGUGAUUAGAACAGAGUGAAAUAGUCAUUUUUUGCAAACUUGUGUGCCAGCCAGACAAGAUGGAAUCACUUGUGUAGCAGCUUUCAUGUCUCACAGCAAACUUUUAUAGAUUUUUUUAACAUAAAUGAGGGUGAAUUGGGGCGAGUUAGCUUUGACUUCUAAGCUACCAAAGCAUGAUCUGUGCACGCUAAUACAACCGAUAAAUCGAGAAAUCAAAAUAGAACCAGCAUCUGCUCAACCUGCACACAUGUAUGUGUGUUGUGUGUUUAUGAGAGAGACUGUGUGUGUGUGUGUGUGUGUGUUGUGGUUCUUUAUUCAGACUGCCUUCACUAAGGAGAAUGUUGAAAUAGCGAAACGUGUGUGUAUGUGUGUGUGCCGCCCUCUGCUCUGAGGACCAGUGGAGGUCACUGUGCUCCAGCGACCUGCAGUGCAAACCCUGCCCAUAAACACACACACUUGUUUUGCAGAUAUUCAGCUUCAAAUGUAACACGCUCAUAUCAGUUGCUCGUUCAUUUCAAACUUACAGAUUAUUCGUUUGUUUAUAUGUAUUUAUUCUCAUUCAUGUGAAAUCCUACAAUACAAAAUGUUGAAUAUUUCUCUCGCAACAAACCACAUUUUAUGUGAUUAACAGUAUAACAUCUUGGAUCUGUCUUCCUUAACCUAUAAUAACAAAUGAUUUAAAUAAAGUUAUACAUUACCCUCUUUGA